CUGAUCACAGACUCACAUGAAGUAUCCCCUAGCAGUUCCCUACGUACCCUUUCGCUCGCCGGCCGGGCGCCACUGAAAAGCAGCCGGCGGCCGGCAUGCCGCGUGGAAGAAACCGCCGAUCAGCCGCUGCAGCUGCCGCUGAUGCGGUUGCACACUUGCACGACCACUCGCCCUAGCGCUCGCUCUCGUCUCUGCCCUGCCUCGCGCCGCGCACUCGAAGGAUUUGCUGUUGCCAUCACGUCCGGCGCCUGCUCCGAGGACAACAACGUGUGACAACGUCCCGGAGCCCUUCGGCAGAAGAAACGAGUCUCGACACGGCUUCGGGGUGAUAUGCGGGCCAAAGAGGGAGGCCAUGCUGUCCAUCGGCGAGGACGAAUACAGAAUCGAUUUCGUGUCCGUGCGGGGCAGCUACGUGGUCAUCUUCGCGGAGCCCAUGGCGCAGGUGUGCUACGACGGCAAGGGCAAGCCGACGCCGGACACUGGAACCGGCGGGCCAAAGAGCUUGGACGGGACGACGUUCACUUGGAGCUUGGAAGGGACGCCCUUCACUUUCUCCAAGAGUAACAAGCUGGUCAACUUCGGCUGCAACCGCACGCUCAUGGCUAACUUCUUCAACCGGCCCGGUGAUCUCAGCCCGCUACCGCAACACCCCAGCUGCACCACCACGUGCACCACCCCCAACAUCAGCGGCUCUUGCCUUGGGGAAGCCUGCUGCGAGGCCCCCAUGGACCAGGUGCACGGCGCCAAGGCGUUGAGCCUGUCUUUCGAAAGGACCACGGCGAACGGCACCGGCGACGGCGAGGAGGACGGAACCUGCCGCGCCGCCUUCUUCCUGGACAAAGACGAGGCCGUCUUCACUUUCGGUGGCGAGCAGGUACGGCCGCUAAAAAAGGCCUUGUUGCCGCAAGGUGAGCGCAGGAUGAUUUUGGAUUGGGCGAUUGGGAGCACCACCUGCGACCAAGCUCAGAGCUACACCUUCGAGCCACUGUGCAAGUACGGCACCUGCGUCGACGCGCCCAGCGGAUCGGGCUAUCUCUGCAAAUGCCCUGACGGGUACGACGGGAAUGCGUACGUCAGUGACGGAUGCCAAGAUAUCAACGAAUGCCGGAAUUACAAUAGUAACAAUUGCACCUAUCUGAACCUCUGCAACAAUACUUUGGGAGGCUAUACUUGUUCUUGCCCCAAGAACAAUAUUGGUGACGGUUACAGGACAGGAACAGGCUGCAACACCACUCUUGUGACACCUGAUUCUCCUACGCAACAACCGCAAGGUAUCAGCGUGUGUGAUCACCCGGAAAAGAACCCUUGUACAUACAUUAAGUACUGCAUUGAUUCGGAAGGAGUUGUUUCGUGCGCCUGCCCUGAAGGGAUGAGUGGUGAUGGCCGGAAAAACGGUAGUGGCUGCUGUUUUAGCUGUCAAAAGCACUUUCCUCUAGAAACAGUUUUGGGUGUAGGUCUUGCACUUAUGGUUACAGUGACCACCGCUGCAUCGUGCUACUGCUGGGCGAUAAAGAAAAGAGAGCUAGGAAGAAAGAGAGCAGAAUUGUUCAGGAAGAAUGGUGGCUUACCAUUGCAGCAGAGAUUUUCAACAAUCACAUCUCAAGGCGAGGACCGAUAUUCGGCAAAGAUAUUUAGUGCAGAAGAGCUCAAGGCUGCUACUGACAACUACAGCGAGAGUCGAAUCCUUGGCCGAGGUGGACACGGCACAGUGUACAAGGGCAUUCUUCCAGAUCAAACUAUAGUCGCCAUAAAGAAGUCCAAGGUGUUUGAUGAGAGCCAAGUGGAGCAAUUUGUCAAUGAGAUUGCCAUCUUGUCGCAGAUUGAUCUGUUAGAUUGAUCUCUUUCCCGAUUGGCCCAACGGCCAAUCAGGACCUUGAUCUGCGCCCUGAUCGGGGGCGCUCACCCUAUCAAUGGGUGGUGGGCCCCUGUCGCGCUGCGCUAUAUAAACAGGGUGGGGGACCCGGCUCGGCUCACGAGGUUCGCCGCAGCCAGCCGCCCCCACCGACACACCUACCGAUCUAGGUUGCGCAGUAGCGGCGGGAAGUUCCACCGCCACUUCACCGCCGACCAAGCUCGGCACUGCGCGUCGCUGCCUAGCGCAGACUCCGUCAACAGAACGAGCGAUGGCCAGCAGCUCUGCUGCUCCCACCCCUAGGGGUGAAGGUACCCCUUUACUCUCCUCUCUCACACUAGGCACUCACCAGGAACCCCUUGCCCCUCAUGUUUCUCUCGAACCCGACUAGAUGAACUCUAGUGAUCCUAGGCAAGGUCCUAACAUUGGUAUCAGACACCUCCUAGAAGUCUUUCUAGAUCGGGAAAAACAGUAGAUCGAGAAAAAGCAGAAGAAAGAAAAGCACCAGAAACGAAUCCCUAACCCUAACCCUAGAUCUAAAGCAAGGGAGACACGGGACCACUUACCUGUGUCGCCUUCACCGCCGCCGGCCAUCGCCGGCGAGUGGCAAAGGCCGGCCGAGCCUCGGGCUCGCCGGAGCAAAGGCUCACCCGAGCCGCCGGAGCUUCCGCUCGGGGCCCGGGGGGGGCGCACAAGCACCACUACGGGACCGCUCGACGGCGGCGCGCCCAACCCUCGGGUUGGACGCGCGCGCCGGCGAGGGGGCCCGCGGUGGCGCCGCCCCUUCUUCUUUUUCAUCUAGAUCUAACCCUAGAUCUCGAACUCUCGGAUUUCUUUGGAGAGAAGAAGGGGAAAGGAUAG